UCCAGGUGACGGAUGCCCUGCAACGAGUCAGGGCGAGCCCUGCAGACUCUGUGAUGAAAUAAAAAAUGCGUAAAAAAUAUCAUUUAUUUUGACGUAGAGGAGACACGUGCUGCGGGGAGCAUCAUAAAUACUGUGUCAACUUGUGGACUUAUUUACAGUCUCUCCGCAGCUCUGCACAUGAGUAGUUCAAGGGCGCUCCUAAGUUUCUGAUGUCAACAAGUUUCUUACUCCGAGCCUCCACCCGCCGCAGCCAAUCGUCAUGUUGGAUACAUUUGGGCCGCAGCGCGCCGGUGUGUCCGUCUCCAGCGCGGAUUUCCAGCUCAAACUGACGGACAACAAGAGCAGCCUGGCCGCAGCAGGGAUGGGAAUGGAGAACGACGCGGGGAAGAAACUCAUAGAGAUAACUGGUCCGGCUUUAUCUAAAAGAAAACUUCUUGUGGGCUUAGACCUCCUCUGCCUCUUCCUGGCUUCCAUCCCUUUCUUUGCAUGUGAGCUGAAGGCAUUGAGACCUUACAGAAGGGGCUUCAUGUGCGGGGACCCCAGCAUCACCUAUCCUUAUCUGCACCGAGAGGCCAUACCGGACGAAUUACUCAUCGCCGGUGGCAUCAUCAUCACAGGCCUCACUAUCGCCCUCGGGGAGUGUUACCGGGUUCGUUUCAGAGGCGUCAGCUCCAAAGCCUUUGUGAGGAACCUGUAUGUGUCCUCUCUGUACAAGGAGCUUGGCUGCUUCCUGUUUGGCUGCUUUGUCGGCCAGUCACUGACCAACAUGGCCAAGCUGAGUGUCGGGCGGCUGCGACCGCACUUCCUGUCUGUGUGCGGUGUCACCUACGCGUCGCUUAACUGCACACCUGGAACAUACGUUGCAACAGUGAACUGCCGCCAGUCUGACCACCGGUUGGAGGAGGAGGCCAGGAAGUCCUUCUUCUCCGGCCACGCUUCCUUUGCGAUGUACACAAUGCUCUAUUUAGCAUUUUACUUGCAGGCACGGUUGACAUGGCGUGGGGCUCGGCUGUUGAGGCCGGCGCUGCAGUUCUUCCUGGUUCUGCUGGCGGUCUACACAGGUCUGACGCGCAUCUCAGACUACCGGCACCACCCGACUGACGUGCUAACAGGCUACAUACAGGGAGCCCUCACUGCUUAUUGGGUGGCCUUCCACAUCUCGUCCAUGUUUAAAAGCUCAAGUUCAGAUCUGUCUCCGACUGAGACCCUGGACAGCCCGUUGUCGCCCCUCCACACUGUCUGCUAAACCUCACAUCCACCAAUCCCUGCGUGUGCCAACAUCCACCUGCUGCCUGUAGUGUAGCUUUUCCAGACAAGAAAUUUGAAGAAUGUGAGACCAUUUCCUGUGAAGUCAAACCACAUACCUCAGUAUUGGGACAGAGAGUGAGAGAGAGAGGGAGAUACUGUAUGUGGCUCAAAAGUCUAAACAUGUGAACUGGGAGAAAGGAAGAGGGAGGGUGCUGAAAGCAAUGCCGACUGCUCAGCUGGAGUGUUGUGUAAGCAGCCAGAGCACUUGUCCUUUUGUCCUUGUGACUGACUUUAGCUUCACAUGUGCACUUACCUGAGAGACGAGACGACUGAAUGCUGAACACACAGCAACCACUGCCACUCUAUACGCCACCUGUAAAUAUAUACAGAUUUUGUACAACUCGAAUGAUACUGUAAAAGCACUUUUUGAUUUCCAUGUUAGUAUUACUAAUAACCACUUUGUAUUGAUUUGGUACAUAGGAUAUAAUAUAUUUUAUACAAACAUGUUAUAUAUGUUGUGCUGUAGCUGUUUUUUUUUUUUACAUAAACCCAGUGAAUGUAAUGGUGUUGAAGGAAAGCACAAAUAGCGAGAAAGCAACUCAUUUUCCUAAUGUGUUGUACCUAUUAGAUGUGGUAGGAUGUUUGUCUGUGUUCAAUAACGAAAGAGCGACUUUGAGAACGUCUACACAAUAGAUAUAAUCCAUGUUUGAAAAGUAUGGACGCUACAGCUCUCAGCCUUUUUUAUAAUGCUAAUGUAUGUUGCUAGACUACUUACCACUUCAAGAGCACACAGAUCAUUAAAUAAAAAUGUGAU